CACACUAUAAUCUUAUUCCUAUGGCACCCUACCUAUGUUAUUUAGUGGCAUAAAGUAGUUGAGCUACCUAACUAAAACAUGCUAAGUUUUGUAACCAAACACACACCUUUAAUUAAUUAACACCUUUGAAAUAUCCAUCUUCAAUUUUCAAUCUUGUUAAUUCAACCCCUCUUGUGUUUCUUAAGCUUUCAUCGUUUUUUUUCUGUAAUGGGUGAUUUCUCCUAUCCUUAUAAGCGCCUCUACUACACUUUUUACAACUGGACCACUUUCUUUGGAUGGGCACGCGUUUUGUAUAUUGUUUUGAAGACAUUGAUGGAAUUGGGUCAUGAACAUGUUUACAGUGCAGUAGAAAAGCCUUUGCUUGUUUCUCAAACAGCUGCUGUAUUAGAGGUUCUUCAUGGAUUGGUAGGGAUGGUUAGGUCUCCAAUAACAGCAACAUUUCCACAGAUAGGUUCAAGGAUUUUCUUGAUUUGGGGUAUCUUGUGGAGUUUUCCUGAGAGUCGGUCACAUGUGCUUGUUAGCCCCCUACUUAUCAGUUGGUCAAUUGCAGAGAUUAGUCGCUUUGCUUUCUUUGGAUUUAAAGAGGCAGCUGGAUUGACUCCAUCAUGCCUUUUGUGGCUUAGAUAUAGCGCCUUCACAAUUCUGUAUCCUGCAGGCAUAUUCUGUGAAAUUGGUCUUAUAUACGUAGCCUUGCCAUUCAUUAAGGAAUCUGAGAAGUAUUGCAUAAGGAUGCCCAACAAAUGGAAUUUGUCAUUCAAUUACUUUUAUUCGUCAAUAGUUAUAUUGGGAAUGUACAUUCCAGGUAGUCCUCACAUGUAUAGAUACAUGCUUGCGCGGAGGAGGAAAGUCCUCUCCAACUCGAGAAAGAAGGAGUAGUGGCAACAUUAGUUGUUUUCAUUGAUUUUUUACCAAACAUAGACAUGUCUUAGUUUGGAUCAAGGAAAACAAUUGUUUUUCUUGUUAGUCAAUCGUUAAAAGACAGCAUGCCAUACACAAUUUAUUAUUUGCAACUGUUAGGUAGGUUACAUAUAUGGCACAAACUUGCUUCCUUAUAAUUGAUGUUGUUUUACAAUUAGCUAUUGUACACUUUUAACAUGAGACAUAAAAAAUUAUUACUUUUAUUGCAAUAUCAUUUGGCAA